AUGACAAUCUAUUCACCAGGUAUUGAAAGAAAUGAAAAACUAAAAGAAUUUAUUGUCAAAUUUUACAGGGCCUCUGAUAAAGCUCCACCUUCAGAUGAACAAGAUCCCUACUUAGAAUUCUUCGCCAUAGAUUCACCACUAGUUAUGGGAUUAAAAAAAGUGAAUGGACAUGAAAAAAUUGCUCAAUUACGACAAGGAAUGUGGGAAAAAGUUACUCAUAGACACCAUGUAGUCAACAAUGUUGCCGAAAUCAAUGAAAACGAAAUCUUGUUAAAUGGCUAUGUUGAGUAUACUUUGAUCAAUGGGAAAAAUGUAACCACUGAAUGGGCAGGUCAUAUAAAACUUGCAAAUAGCCCUGGGAGUGAAAAUGGAUAUAAGAUGAAUUAUUAUCAAGUUUAUUUGGAUCCAAGUGCUGCUGCCAAAGCUUUGAGUGAAUAA